AGUCACAAGCGUGAAUGUGUAAGCGUUAUAUUUUUUUGUGUUAAGUUAGUUGCAAUACAGAUCUCGUACAGAGCACCCGUGUCAUUUUAUUUUAAAUCACUACCUGAGCAAAGUCAAAGUAAAAUAAACUUUAUUACUGCAACAAAUGGUCCAAACGAGCCGCAUACAAGAAACCGAAGAACCGGCCGGCGAAACAAUAGGGAUCGUCGCCGAUACGUUUUUCUAUAUGAAGCUCAUUAGUGAUGAAUAGAAACACUCGGCUGCUGCUAUACAAAUUAUAUUCGUGUUGUGCAUUCAAUAGUUAUUACUGAGAGAAUAUUUUACGACGAUUAAACAAACAAGUUAUAAAAUGGCAUCUUUCGAACAAACACUGGAAAUUUUAGAAGACCUAACAGACAAUAUAUUGAAGACUAAAGCAAAUUUUAAGAAAGCACCGAAAAUAAGACUGACUAAAGGUUUCGUUGAAGCAAGAUUACAAAGUUUAGAAGACUAUUGGAAUUCAUAUAAAAAUGGAUACCAAAAUCUUCUGAAGAAUACAAAGAAGGAACAGCGUAAGAAUAUUGCAUUUUUUAAAGAAGAAUUGUACAGUCAGUGCGAAGAAGUUUAUUUGGAUUUGAAGUCAGAUAUGAUAGAUAUGCUCCAGUCAUUAAAUGAAAAGAAAAAAGAAGACUCCUCUCAGAAUGCAUCAUCACAAUUAGAAGAAUUGAGUGACUCUGAGGUCAAACUACCAAGGUUAAAUCUACCUACAUUUUCGGGCGCAUAUGAAGAUUGGCAAUCGUUCGAAGAUACAUUUACGGUUGUAGUGCAUAAUAAUAAGAAGUUAAAGAACGUGCAAAAAUUAUUUUAUCUCAAAUCAUGUUUGACAGGCGAGGCAAGAAAUGCGAUCAAACAUAUUAAAACUACUGAACGAAAUUAUGAAAACGCUUGGGAUACUUUAAAAACGAGAUAUAGCCACAAGCGACUUAUAAUGAAUUCUAUCCUAAAAAGAUUAUUUUCAUUGAAAAAAGUGAACACGUAUUUACCAAUGCAGAUUAAAACACUAAUCGACAGUACAAAAGAGUGUUUGCAUAGUUUAAAUAAUUUAGAUAUUUCUACGACUGGUUGGGAUCCUAUGAUCAUUUUCCUAACAGUGCAAAAAUUGGAUCGUGAGACACAUUCGGAGUGGGAAACAUUUGUAAGUCGAGAGUACAAAAUCGAAUUACCCACAUUUACAAAUUUUAUUACGUUUUUGGUGGAUAGAAUACAUACUCUAGAAUUAACGACUCAAGUUCCAUUAAAUUGUCAAAAGAUAAAUAAAGAAACACGUUCAUUACAUACCACCACCAUACAAGUAGCCUGCAAAUUGUGUAACGGAGAACAUUUAUUAUGCCAUUGUAAAGAAUUCGUGAAAUUUGAUCCAGAAAAGAGAAUCGAGAUCGUUAAAACCAAUCAACUGUGUUACAACUGCUUAUCAUCAGGCCAUCCAGUGUAUAAUUGUAGACAGAAGAAUUCUUGUAAGAUAUGUGGAAAGCGUCACCAUUCACUUCUUCAUUAUAAGAAGAAACAAUAUUCACAGGAAAUUGAGAAGAUAAAUAAUACACCUGGAAUUUCAACAAUGCACGCUAAGGAGAACAUACAAGAAGCUCUUCAGGAUGAGUCAAUCGUGUCAAACUUCGCAUGUAAGCAGAAUAGAGGAUUAUUAGCAACUGCAUUAGUAGUAGCCAAGAAUGAAUUUGGUCAGGAGACAACAUUACGAGCACUGAUCGAUCCUGGGUCGCAAGCAUCAUUUAUAACAGAGAGCGCAACUCAACUGCUUCGACUCAAGAAAACUCAUGUACAAGGUUCGAUUACCGGUGUUGGAGCUACCACAACUUCAGUAAAUUAUGUAGUACAGCUGAAGAUUAUAUCAAGGUAUGAUAAACAUUUUAAUACCCCUGUCAGAGCAUACGUAUUAAAAUCAUGUAUCACGUCUAAGUUACCAAGUUCUUCAAUACGACCAAACAGGAUGUGGUCUCACUUAGACGGUCUUUACUUAGCCGAUCCACAAUACUUCGUGUCGAGUAAAAUCGACUUAUUACUUGGCAUUGAUGUAUAUACAGAGAUAGUGAAAAAUAAUUUGGUGAAAGGUCCACCAGGCUCACCUUCAGCUCAAGAAACAAGCCUUGGUUGGAUAUUGUUCGGCAACAUUUUAGAAUCUAUAAGAUCCAACAAUCAUGUGGUAGUGAUGCAUCACCACAUAGAUGUUAACAUGGACACCUUAUUGAAAAAUCUUUGGAGCAUUGAUGAAUCAACAAAACGUAAACUCACCUCUGAAGAAAAAAUAUGCGAAGAAAUAUACCACACAACUCACACUAGAACAGCAGAGGGGAGGUAUGUAGUUACAUUGCCAUUUAAAACAUCACCAGAAAAUAUAGGAUCUACAAGAAGUAUUGCAUUAAAAAGGCUAGAACAAUUAGAAAGGAAGUUAGAAAACAAGCCAAAAUUAAAAGAAGAAUAUUCUAAGGUCAUGGAAGAAUAUAUACAACUUAAUCAUAUGGAAAAGGUACCUAAAGAAGAGUUAGAUAAACCUGCAAUUUAUCUACCACACCACGCAGUUGUAAGAGAAGACAGUGAAACCACUAAGGUCAGAGUAGUUUUUGAUGCUUCGUGUAAGAGUUCAAACAACACCUCUCUUAACGAUAUGUUAUUAGUGGGACCUCAAUUACAAGAAGAUUUAAGAAAUUUAAUCAUGAGAUGCCGUCUGAAGAAAAUUUGCUUCAUCGCAGAUAUUCAGAAAAUGUAUCGUAUGAUACUAAUUGCUAAAGACAACUUAGAUUAUCAACGUAUUCUGUGGAGAAGAGAUCCAACACAAGAAGUCGAAGAUUAUCGAAUGCUAAGAGUUACAUUUGGAACUGCUUCAGCGCCAUAUUUAGCCAUUAAAACUCUCCAACAAUUAUCAAUAGAUGAAGAAAGUAAAUAUCCUAUUGGUGCAAGAAUACUGUCUGAAGAUUUUUAUGUUGACGACUGCAUAAGUGGACAUUCAACCCUAGAAGAAGCUAUAGAAGCAAGCAAACAAUUAAUAGAGUUGUUAAAAACUGGAGGAUUUAUAUUGCAAAAAUGGGCAUCAAAUUGUAAAGAAUUUAUAGAACAAAUUCCGGAAUCAUUAAGGAGUGCUAGUAUUAACAAAGGAUUGAUAAAGGAAAGCAUAAUCAAAACAUUAGGGCUAUCUUGGAAUAUGACCACUGAUUCUUUUUCAUAUCAAAUAAAACUACCACCCAAGUCUACAAUUGCUACAAAGCGAAUCAUAUUAGCAGAUUUACAACGUUUAUUUGACCCUCUUGGCUGGAUAUCACCUGCAAUAGUUCCUGCCAAAAUUUUAUUGCAAACUAUAUGGAUGAAAGGACUUGAUUGGGACGAAAAUGUUGGAAAGAUCCAUACAGAAGAAUGGGAAAAGAUACGAGAUAGCUUCAAUAGUUUACAUAGAAUACGAAUUAAGCGAUGGAUACAUACUGGCAAAGAAAUUGAUAAAAUACAGCUACACGGAUAUUGUGAUGCCUCCAUGAAAGCAUAUUGUGCAGUAGUGUAUUAUAGAGUAGAAAUCGAAAAUGGGGAUAUAAAAACUGGUAUUAUAGCAUCCAAAACAAGAGUGGCACCAGUCAAAGCUAUUUCUUUACCACGCCUAGAAUUGUGUGGUGCUCUCCUUCUUGCUAAUCUAUUGACGCAAGUGAGAGAGGCCAUGAGGUUGCAACAGAACCAAAUUUAUGCUUGGACGGACUCUACUGUAGUUUUGUCAUGGCUCUUGGGUGACCCCAAAAGAUGGAAACCAUUUGUAAGUAACCGUGUUAUUGAGAUAUUGGAUAAUACGUCUAAUACACAAUGGUUUCAUGUAAAGUCUAUUGAUAAUCCAGCAGAUUUAGGUUCAAGAGGUACUUAUUUAGAAAAUCUAAUAGAUAAUAAAUUCUGGUGGGAAGGGCCAGAAUGGCUCAAGAAGAAGCAUAUUAAUCUCAGUAAACCAAACGUAAAACCUACCGAGAUAGAAAUAAAAAAAAUAGUAGUAAAUUCUAAAAUAGUAACCGAAGAAUGCAAAGUUAUAAAUUUUGAAAAGUUUUAUGAAUUGCAAGAACUUUUAAGAACAAUAGUAUAUAGUUUAAGAUUUCUAAGGUAUAAGAAGAAUCCUGAAAAUAUAGACAAAGGAAUUACUACAUCUGAAUUAGAAUCUUCAUUAUUAAAAUGUAUAAAAAUAGCACAAAAAGAAGAAUUUAUUAAAGAAAUAGAAAAUUUAUUGAAGAAAAGGAACAUAUCAAAAGAAAGUAAAUUGAAAACUUUGAAUCCCUACCUUGAUGAAAAUAAUGUUCUCAGGGUGGGCGGGAGAUUAAGAAACUCAAAUCUUAGCUAUGAUCAAAAACAUCCAAUCAUUUUGGACACAAACGGUCAUCUCACAUAUCUUAUAGUUGCAGAAGCACACCGAAAGACUUUACAUGGUGGUAUACAAUUAAUGUUGAGUUACAUUCAGUCUAAAUAUUGGAUAAUACGAGUGAAAACUGUAAUUAAGAAAUGCAUACACCAAUGCAUAAUUUGUGCUAAACACAGAGCUUUAUCACGAACUCAACUGAUGGGAGAUUUGCCUUCAGUUCGCACUGUUCCUGCUCGUCCAUUUAAACAUAGUGGAGUAGAUUUUGCGGGUCCUUUGCAAAUUUUGAUGUCAAAGGGAAGAGGAGCCAAGACCAAAAAGGCUUAUAUAGCAAUAUUUAUUUGCAUGGCUGUAAAAGCUAUUCAUUUAGAGUUAGUAAGUGACCUUACUUCUGAGGCAUUUAUCGGAGCAUUUCAUCGAUUUGUAUCCCGCCGUGGAAGAUGUACUGAAAUAUGGAGUGAUCAUGGUCGUAAUUUUGUCGGCGCGAAUAAAGAAUUACAGACGGCAUGGAAAGAAGCAAAUUUAGAUUUACCUGGUCAUCUAGUAGAUAUCCUGGCAGCAGACGGAACGCAGUGGAAAUUUAUUCCCCCAUACAGCCCAAAUUUCGGUGGACUAUGGGAAGCGGGUGUAAAAUCCACCAAGUAUCACUUGAGAAGAAUUCUGGAUUCUCACUUGACCUAUGAAGAGCUAACAACCAUCUUGUGUCAAAUUGAAGCUUGCCUCAAUUCACGCCCUCUGAUACCAAUUGACACAACAAACGCAGAAUUAGAUAUUUUAACUCCUGGACAUUUUCUGAUCGGAGAAGCACCUGUUACAAUACCUAAUCCAGACCUUCGUGAACAAAAGAUUAGUUACCUAUCCAGAUGGCAACUAAGUCAACGACUAGUAGCAAAUUUUUGGCAUCGUUGGCAAACCGAAUAUUUGUCACGACUGCAGACACGGCCAAAGUGGAUGAAAAUACAAAGGGAAUUUGAGAUUGGAGAUAUAGUCAUAUUAAAGGAUGAUCAGCUACCGCCUGGAAAAUGGUCGCUAGGUCGAAUUAUAGCCAAACAUCCAGGCGAAGAUGGUCUUACUAGAGUUUACAGUAUUAAGUGUCGUAACGGAAUAGUUAAACGAUCAUUGUCUAAAAUUUGUGCGUUGCCAAUCGAUAAUAAUGCUUGAAUAGUAUAACAAUGUGUAGUUAAGCUGUUGUUUAUUAAGUUUUGUUCAUAAUACUUUAAGUUCUGUUUAUUUAAAUUCUCAUGUUAGAAAAUAUUGUGUAAUUUGUUAGAUUUUUGUUCUUUUUCAUUUAAAGUAUUUGUAAAGGACUAGGUCCUUUGGUGGGCGGGAUGUUCGAGUCACAAGCGUGAAUGUGUAAGCGUUAUAUUUUUUUGUGUUAAGUUAGUUGCAAUACAGAUCUCGUACAGAGCA